UUAGGAUUUUGAAUAGGUAAAAAAUAGGAAAAAAUAAUUUUUUUUGUUUGCCUAAAAUUGUCGCCCUAAAACUGUUUGCCCUAAAAUUCGAUGCGAGGAGUUUCUUUUUUUUCUUAAAUAUUUUUUUGACUAAUUUUUUAAUUUUUCUCGUAAAAUUUGAAUAAUAUUUUUAUUUUUUACAGACCAACUUAUUUAUACAAGUCUCUAUUAAUUUUAUUAAAAUGGCCAUUGAACCAGAUAUUCUAUCAAAAUUGCCUUUUUGGAAAAAAUUGAGAAGACAAAUAUUGUUAAAAGUAGUCCACGACAAUUUUUUUGAGUAUGACGAGUGUUUUGUGCCCACUAAUAUUGUCCAUUCUGCUCAAAAAAAGAAUAUUGCGGAUAUUCGUGAAGAUGAUCGUGAAACUGUCCUUUUUGACCAUUUUUUGAUCAACUGCAGACGAGUAUAUUCAUUUUUUAAAUUUAAUUUGUGGGUUUUCUUGGGAAGAAUUUAAUUUUAAAUUGUCAUUGGGUGAUUGUUGCCUGCUACUGGUCAAGGUUCUCAAAGAAUCUCGAUCUUUAUAUUUAUUCUGUCAAAUCAAAAUUUUCUUGGGAUUGAUUGAAAAAAUAUUUUCAUGUUCUUCCUUGUGAAGACCGUUAAUUUAAUUGCUUGUUGCUUUUUGGUUUGAUACCCAGCUGGUAUUUUUUGGGGGUAGUACUUUCUUUAAGAUCGAGAUUGAUUUUGAUCCUCUUGUGAUUUUUAUUGGAUCCAAGUUAAUAUCAAGGUAUUUUUUAGAGUCCCUUGAUUUUUACUUG